GCGGCGCAGCUAUGGGUGCCCCGGGUGGAAAGAUCAACCGGCCGCGAACGGAGCUGAAGAAGAAGCUGUUCAAGCGACGACGUGUGUUGAACCGGGAGCGGCGACUGAAGCAUCGGGUGGUCGGAGCUGUGAUAGACGAAGGACUGAUUACGCGGCACCACCUCAAGAAGCGGGCGUCCAGUGCACGUGCCAACAUUACUCUGUCUGGGAAGAAGCGCAGAAAACUCCUCCAGCAGAUCCGACUUGCCCAGAAAGAGAAAGCAGCCAUGGAAGUGGAAGCCCCUCCCAAGCCAACCAGGACUAGUGACCUGCAGCCCAAAUCAAAAAAGAAGGCAACCCCCCCCCCGCCCCCCCAAGAUGUAGAUAUGGAGGACCUUGAAGAUAAGAGCUAAUUCUGAAUCUCACACCCUUUCCACCAGAAGAUUCUCAAGCUGGAGCCAAGAGGACUCGAUGGUUAUUUCAGAUGAUUUUGGAGAGAGCAUUGCUCCUUUUCAUUCUCCCUAUAUUCCUCUUUCCUAAUGGCCUACUGACCUGCCCUGGAGGGAUGUAUUGAGAAAAAGAGAGUAGAAAAGAAAAAUUGCAGAGGUGGUCCUAAGCAGUCAACUGCAUUUGUAAUAAAGCCCCCUCGUUCCCACUGA